CUCUCCUCGACUUCUCUCUGUUGCUCCACUCUUUCCUUCCUGUCUCUCAUUGUUUCCCCCGUGCGGAGGGCUGGAAUGUGAGCUGCCUUUUUUAUGAUUCACCACCACACGACUCAUUGAUGCGCAUUGUUCGUUCCCUCGUCCUGUGACCUCAAUGUCUCUCUCAUACCCUCAGGAUUCCCGUCGACGGAUCGGGGCUGGCAGGGGCUUUAGUGCGACUGGUCGCCGCACUGUCUUGGGGUACUGGGUACCUCUGGCUUUGACGGUCGGUAUCGCAACGAUUGGCGUUGCGGCAUGGAUAUGGAGUGAACGGAAUGACGAUGACGACGACGAUUACCCCAAAGACGAUGAUAGCGGAGACGAACGCCCUCCUCCUCCCCCGGGACCUGGUUCCAUUUCUGGUGGAUAUCCUCCUGUUGAACCGGGUGCAGCCUUUCCGACGCCCGGAGCUCCGGGGUUCCGUGAAAUAUCUCAGCCGGAGGAUAGCGGGAUGUUUGCGCGCAUGCAGGGAGCCUUGCGCCGUACACCCAGCCCUCAACAGAUCUUCGACGGUGCCAGCAGGAAAGUCGCUGCCGGCGUCGCUGCAGCUGGAGCGUUCGUGGGUCUCACCCCCAUUCGCGAAGAAGGCAGAGGCGACUUUGAAGAUCACACCAAGUGGUCGGAGGAGGUCGAGUCCAGGGCUAAUGAACGGGAUCAACAAGCCGCAAUUGCGCCUGUGAUGAGUGGAGCCUUAUCGACUCAGGCAGCUACUCCCCUCCAGCCUAGCCUUGACAAGAAGAAGAAGAAGAAGAAGACGGUCGCAAUCGUUGUAUCAUCAGUGUCCCCACAACAUGAUCCAGAUGGUUUUAAUACAGAGCACGCUUCUAUCCUUUCUCAUCUCCCUGAACACGUCGACCAGGAUACCUCCAGAGUUUUUGUUCUAAUCUAUGCCCCCGAGCUGAAGCAUGCAAUCAGCCAGGGAGCUUCGUCCCAUCCGACUCUUUCAGUCGCAUCGUCCUAUUCUAACAUUGCUCGCGAGGAGGCCGAGUCUGGUGCUGAGUCACCCAGCGAAGGAGCAAAUGAACUUGAAGGGACGACGCCUUUCUUCAAGACCCUGUACACCCAAGCGCAGUCUAUUGUUGAGAAAGACACCAUGAUCUUGCCGUUCAGCACUAAGGCGGGUCAUGUUCAUCUUAUACGUCACCUAUCACCCGACCUUGUCUAUAUCCAAGAAUCCCUAACAGGGAAUGAAGGGGACCUUGUCCAUCACAUGUCCGGGUGGGUCAGACAGGUUGUUGUGGUCGUGGGAGACGAAGGUGGGCGUGGUGGUCUCAUCGACAGCGAGGAUGAGUCGACGCUUGCAGAUAAGGGGGAGAAGUGGUGGCAGAGAGAGGGGAUUACAGGAAUUGGAAAACGGAUUGACGUUGUAGACGUCCUCCGGGUAGGGGAUGACUGGCGACGACGUGUUCAAGGCCAUGACUAGAAAGAGAUCUGGUCUCCUCGAGGACUCACGAUGUCGAAACGCCACUACAUGGGGCCACCAUGCUUGUAUUUUUUUAUUGUUGCGCUUAUGAUUUUAGGAAUUAGGGUUCUUUGCUUUACUGGUAAUAAUGUAGCCCCUUCUGGUCUUAAACCCAAGUUGAAAAGAAGAAUC